AUGAAAACAGAGCAGCUAUUUCCUCGAGAUGCCCCUUCUUAUAAAAACCCAGCUGGCCGUUGCCUUCACACAGGAUCCACACUACCAGAGAGCCUGCUCUUCUCUGCACAUAAGGACCAAGUGCUAUCUAAACAUGAGUUCCCACCAGCAGAAGCAGCCCUGCACUGCACCCCCUCAGCUGCAACAGCAUCAGGUGAAACAGCCUUGCCAGCCACCGCCCCAGGAACCUUGUGGCCCCAAAACCAAGGAGCCCUGCAACCCCAAUGUUCCUGAGCCCUGCAACCCCAAGGUUCCUGAGCCCUGCCAGCCUAAGGUGCCUGAGCCCUGCCAGCCUAAGGUGCCUGAGCCCUGCCACCCCAAGGCGCCUGAGCCCUGCCACCCGAAGGCACCUGAGCCCUGCCACCCCAAGACACCUGAGCCUUGCCACCCAGUUGUUCCUGAGCCCUGCCCCUCAAAUGUCACUCCGGAACCAUGCCAGCAGAAGACAAAACAGAAGUAAUGCCGUCCACAACCAUGCCUUGAAGAUCUGAUCACUGCAUGCCAAGGCCCCUUUCCACUCUGCUUAUUCAUCCUAUUGCCCUGUGCUUCACACGAUGUGACCUUAGGUCUUAAUCCCUCCCAUUUGCACCACCUAAAAAGAUGUCUCUCACAUUCAUUCUCAGGGGUUCCUGAGCCUCUCAACAUGGCUCAAAGUCUUGACUAAUCUUCCCAUGGCUCAGGAUUCAUCUGAAGGGGGAUAGGGAGUGAGACAAGUGAAUUUUCAAUGUUCUUCUCCAAUUAAAUAUCUUUAACUCCA